AACCGGAACCGGAACGUGUAACUGAGUAAGGCGGCACAGACCCGGAAGUGAAUGUAACGUUGUAGAAGCGUGAGGUGAUUGUGUGGAGCUGCUUACAUUUCGUUUACAGAAAGAGUUGAGAAGCCGAAAACCAAUAAAACAUGAGUUUGUUAAACAAGCCCAAGUCUGAGAUGACUCCAGAGGAGCUCCAGAAGCGAGAGGAGGAAGAGUUUAACACCGGUCCACUUUCAGUGCUCACUCAGUCUGUGAAGAACAACACACAGGUUCUUAUCAACUGCCGCAACAAUAAGAAGCUGCUGGGCAGAGUCAAAGCAUUCGACAGGCAUUGUAACAUGGUUUUAGAGAAUGUGAAAGAAAUGUGGACGGAGGUGCCCAAAAGUGGCAAGGGCAAGAAGAAGUCAAAGCCAGUCAACAAGGAUCGUUACAUCUCAAAGAUGUUCCUGAGAGGCGAUUCAGUCAUCGUGGUGCUGAGAAACCCACUCAUCACUGGGAAAUAAACCUGAUGUGUAACAGUCUCCUGGACACUCAUACUCCACCUCACCUGUGAGCUCAGCUCUCAUUGACUUACCAGCCCGUGUUAAAGUGUUAAUUAGACCUUUGAGCAAAUUAAGUCUUUGCACUCAAGGAACAGUACAUAGUUUGCCUUGUGCUGCAACAAUUGAUGGGAAAUCUUUAGCAUCAUUUUGAGAGAUUGUCUGGUCAAAGGAUACAAAGAAGAUGCCAUUUGAACCUUUUUUGUUUAAGUUGUAUAAAAAUGUGCUUUUUUUUCUUAAUAAACAUUUGGAUAUUCAAUCAAA